AUGUCUACCCCAAGAAUUUCAAUACACUUUUUAUAUUUUUGGCACAGGGCACCAGUCUAUCCGUAUGUCCAAAUUACAUCAGCUGUUGAUCUUCCCUUCCUGAAUCCACUUUGUCCAUGGGAUAGAAAACUGUUUACUCGGUCUUUGAUUCGGGUCAGUAUAAUUAGCGAUAAUGUCUUUCUCAAUGUCGAUAGCAGAAUAAUCGGCCUCAGGUUGCCAGGAGGUCCUCUUGGUCAUUUAUACAAUUUCGUGACUAGAACAUGGGCGGUUUCUGAUCGUGUUGCAGUUAUGCAGAUGAAGUUUGGAGACAAACCUAAUUCUAUUAUAUCAAUUAUCAACAUAUAUGCGCCAACGGGAGCGAGAGUUAACUCCAAUCCUGAAGAGCUGGACGAAUUUUAUUCCACCCUUAUGGAGACAUAUAACUCCCUGUCGUCAUAUAAAAUUCUUAUUGCUGACGAUUGGAACGCCAGAGCAGGGAGAGCCCGGUUUGGAGAGACCUGCAUUGGGUCGCAUGGGAGAAAUCGCAGAAACUCUUGCGGAGAGUCCUUAAUUCAAUUCUGUUCGGCAUUUGACCUAUUCAUAUCGAACACCGCCUUCGACCACCGAGCAAGGCAUAAAACUACCUGGACAGGAGCAAGAAAAGACAAAAACGGAAACAUUUACCCGAUUUAUAACCAGAUUGACUACAUCAUAUGCAGAAGAAUUAUGAAAAACAUAUUGUCAGAUGCGAGAUCCUAUGAUGGCCUUGAAACCAGCAGUGAUCAUAAACUGGUUGUGACUAGGAUUGUUUUAAAGAGAUUACAUGGGACAGUUGGCGUACAAAGAACAGGACAAAUGGAAACCAUCGACACAGAGAAACUUGUUUACGACAAAUCAAAGAGAAUUGAGUACAGUGAAAAUCUCAGAAGAGAAAUUAAUAAAAUUGACAUAAGCCAGCCUGCAAACAUAAUAUGGACGGAGACUGUUCUUGCAAUGAAGAAGACGUCAUUAUCUAUUUUGGGACCUGUUCAUAAAAGAAAAUACCUGCACAAUAAUUUGGAAAUCGAAUCUUUUUCGAUUGAACAGAAAAGACUCAGACUCGAACUAAGCAAAACAUUGACGGCAAAUAGGAAAAAGGAACUGAAGACACAACGUGGAAGAAUAUUAAAAAAAAUCAAAACAAUACAAAAACGUCAAUUACGAAAAGAAGUUGAGGAGCAAGUUGCUGAAAUUGAAAAAUAUAAGGAUGGAACGAGGAUGUUUCAACCUGUUCGCUUAAUAAACAGAGGAAAAAGAACAAACUAUAUUACUGUGCAUGAUAAACUUGAAAGAACAGUCAUUAGUGAACCUGGAAAAACUGCAAUCAUUUCGGAAUAUUUCCACGAAAUUUUCAAUCAAAAUAGCGAAGUCAAUGAAAUUCGGAACAUUCAAGACACUCGAAUAAUCAGUCCUAUUAAUAUUACAGAAACAAUGGAUGCCAUUAAAAAAUUAAACUGCAAAAGGUCCCCCGGACCAGACAACAUUCCUGCAGAGCUUCUCAAAUUUGACCAAUCGAGCUGGCCGAAGUGA